CUUAGAGAGACGAAGACGCUAGUCAUCUUUGAUGAUCAUUUUUGUGUUCUUAUAAUCUCAAAAGUUGAAACCUUUUGUCUCUGAUGGCAGCUCGCUUAGUAGUGUUUUCGUUAAGCCUUCCAUCUACUCCUAAUCAUGGAAUCAAUCAACCUUUUCUCCUUGGACCGCCUCCUCGUUUUCGUGCUGCUCUUCGUUGCCAAUCAAUUCCAGAUUCUUCCCAACCCCAGGAGAAAUUGUCAGUGGACAAUGAAGUUUCAGCUGCGUCGAAAGUAGCGGCGGAACCAUCUCAAGCUUCGUCGUCUUCUUCAGGGUUUCCAGAAUCUCCAAACAGGGAUAUCAAUAGAAGAGUCGCUGCUGCUUCUGUUGUUGCUGCUUUGGCCUUGUUUCUGUCCACAAGGCUUGAUUUUGGGAUCUCCUUGAAGGAUUUAACCGCUUCUGCCUUGCCUUACGAGGAGGCUUUGUCGAAUGGGAAGCCGACAGUGGUGGAGUUCUAUGCUGAUUGGUGUGAGGUUUGUCGAGAACUAGCCCCUGAUGUUUACAAAAUCGAGCAGCAAUACAAGGACAAAGUUAACUUUGUGAUGCUAAAUGUGGACAACACGAAAUGGGAGCAAGAGCUAGAUGAGUUUGGUGUUGAAGGUAUUCCUCAUUUCGCAUUCCUCGAUAGACAAGGGAACGAGGAAGGCAAUGUGGUUGGUAGGCUUCCGAGACAGUAUCUAGUUGAGAAUGUCAAUGCCCUUGCAGCCGGAAAACAAUCAAUUCCUCAUGCUCGAGCUGUGGGACAGUACAGUAGCGCCGAAGCCCGUAAGGUGCAUCAGGUUACUGAUCCCUUAAGCCAUGGAUAGAGAGAGAGUUGUUUGUAACUCUAUAGUGCAUGAAAGUAGACAAGUAAGGGGAAACAAGUGGAAAGUAGCAAUGGUUCAUAUUUUGAUCAGUUGUAACUAAAUGUUUUGAUAUGUUUGGUCUCCUUUUAAUACAUAACUUAAAACUCUAAUAUGAAUCUGAAUCAGAAGACUGUUGAAGACUCAG